CAAUUGUAGAUGUGCCUUUGGCACAAUUGGUAUCUGGAGCCUUGGUGAACAGAGAAGGAGAAGAAUUUCUAAAAUCUCCAGAGGAGAAGAAAACAGACAAUCUGCUGUGAAAGGCUCACGAGGCGUCUUCAACGGUGAUAAGAGCGGCUUCCACAAACUCCAUCUUUGCCAGAGCAACGAUCCUGUGGACUAAGGAAUUGGUCACAAAAUUGAUGGUGGCAGUCAUUGCACGUAUCAGGCAAAGAAGGACAUGGAACGCACUGUCCAGAUCAUGGAGGAGCACGGCUUCAUCAUAAACAAGAUCAAAAGCCACCUUGUUCCAUCUCAAAUUCUAGUUCAUCUAGGGGUGCUCUUCAAUACGGAGGCAGCAACGUUACUUUGACCAGAUGGGUAUCAGAGCUGGCAGCCCUUUCAGUUCGAGAUGAAGUUUGUAUUUUCCAAAAGGACUCAGUGGUUGUGAAGCUAGAUCCCACCUUCUUGCCAAAAGGUUCCAACAAGAGGUCUGUGUGCUGUACAUAAUGAAUUGUUCUUAGAAAGCUUUGUCAGUCCAGGCCUCUCGCUGAGGACCUGGGGAAGAGAGUGUGACCCCAACCUUUUCUGGCUGCUAUCUCUUCAGCUUCCACCAACCUCCUGAACCACCAAAACAGAAAGUAGCUCCAGACCCCCUGCAGAGUCAGUGCAAAGUCAGUAAUUUAGAAUUGGGAAAGCAGGUGAAGCUUUUCCUACCAUGAAGAUAAGUGAGAUCAGGCUGGUUCUACAGUGAAACCCAGAUACAUGAGGAUGGGAUGGGCUCAUAACACUGCACAUGCUCCGAACUGGAUGGGAUAGAAUUCUAGGAGGGAAGAAGAUGCAGAGUGAAUAGAAUCUCCCAGGAGAUGCAGCAUAAGCUCCCCGGAUCGCUAGCACUAGUGGUGACACGCGCCAGACAAAGGAGCUGGCAUUCUAUAAAAGAGGCAGCAGGCAGGGAUCGGCAAUUGGCUGGAUUGUAAGGAGGGGAACCUCUUGCGUUUUGGAGCUGCGAGAGCAAAGUACUAGGAGCAGAGUAGUCUCCUACUUCGCUGCAUGUGAAUACUUCGGUUAAGAUCAGCUAGCAGCAUCCUUGGGAAAGCUCUGCCAGUCUUGAGAAUGACCAGAAAGAUCUUCACCAACAGCAGGGAGAGGUGGAGACAACAGAACGUCAACAGUGCAUUUGCCAAGCUGCGAAAGCUUAUUCCCACCCACCCUCCGGACAAAAAACUCAGCAAGAAUGAGACUCUUCGCUUAGCCAUGAGGUACAUCAACUUCCUUGUCAAGGUGCUCGGGGAGCAAGGCCUGCCACAGACAGGGAUGACUCCUCGGGGAAGGAUACUAGGGCUCUUCCAGCAGAGUCCAAGUUUGGAGAGCAUGGAAGAACUGACUCUCAUUGAAGACUCUGAGGUCCCUUCUCCCAACACAAGCAGCAAUGUUCCAGAGUGCUGGUCAGAGACAUCCUCUCCAUGACGAACCACCAGUCAGGGGUGCCAUCCUGGUAGUAAUCUGCUAGUUUCCCUUGACUUAAUUGUGGGUCGUUUGCUUCUUUCCAAUUAUUUAUAUUUAUUUUGUUUUUUUAUCCAGUGUAUUUUGUGCAAGGGUUUCUUGGGAAGACUGUUGUUUUCAAAAAUUAAAACAGGAACACUCAUUCUCUAAAAAUGAAUUGGAUUGGGAUUCCAGCUGCUUAACUUGCCGCAAAGUGCUUUGAUUUCCAGGUUUAGCAUCUUCUCACAACCCCCAUAGAAGGGCACCAAUCGAUUGCCUUUACCAUGACACACUGAUGAAAGCUAUUGGGACCAAUAGCUUGUGGCUGAGGAGGAGUAUAACUAGAUCCACCUCAUACAUUUAUUAAGCUGCUUGAGCCCCUUCCUGUGGUGGAACGGGUGCAUGCCCUUGCACCCAUGCACCCCCUGUGAUGUAUGCUCUGAGGAAUUUAUAUGAUCCUACCCCUACCCCGCACUUGUUAGAGGGAACAAUAAGAAACCUGACCACAGUAUGUACAGCUUUCUACAAAUGUAGCACAGUCCAGAUGCUUCAUUUCACAUAUCACACAUUCCAGAAGAUGUGCAGAAUGGUAAGAGUAUGCUCCCAUUCCCUCCACCAUUCAAUAACUUCUAAACUGGGUCUUAGAGGGGAACCUCUCCAACUCAUCUUCAAUUUAAAUUAAUUUCAAAACAGCCAAAAUUACAAGUAAUUGCUUCAGGCAGCAGAUUCCAGAGAGAGCCCCACUUUCCUGCCUUCAGUCUUGGUCUGUGUGUGCCAUCUGAAAAACAAGUUACCCUUGUGAGUAGAGGUCUCUGUGUUUUAUUUUUUGUGUCAAGUGUAAAAAUACUUUAGGUUGACAGUGCUGAUUAUCUAGCCUAUUCCAGAUAAUAUAUCCAACCAAAAAAAAAUUGAAGAAUCUGCAUAGUGAAAUGCAUUGUGAAUCUGCAUAGUGUAGAAACUACGUAGUUCAGAAGAAAAUGUAUAAUACCUAGCAUGAUUGCCUCGGAUUUUAUUGAAAUUGCCAAAAGGACUAGAGUGAACUGCAAUUGUUUACGUGAAUUUUUCAAAGAGGGGUAUUUUAGAAGGUGUAUUCAGAUUUGAUUAUUUGUGAGACAGAACAAAUAUUAAAAUUCUUUUUUAAAAUUCCUAAUUGUGACUUUAGUCAGAAUGGUGGCUGACAAUCUGCCUAGACCUGCAUACAUGCAACCAAAAAAGGCAUGCACAGAGCAAUAGCAUCCCCACUUCUGAAGCAUGGAGAAACGUGAUGAUUUUUGUCAAUCUCCCCUUCCUCUGGAAUUGCUCUGUGUAGUACAAAAUUAUGUCCCUGAGGGCUGGUCAACCUUCAGGGACACAAUUUUAUGAUGCCACACAGCACUUCCAGGAGAUAGAAAAUUUGAUGAGGAUCAGCCUGCCCUGAAUGUGCAAGCCCUUGUGCUUCAAAAGUGGGGAUGCUAUUGCUGUACACAGGCCAUUUUUGGUUGUACAGAGGUUUAGUCAGGAUGUCACCCAGUAAAAGCACCAUUUUAUUUAACUUUGUAAAAAAUCUCAAUUUCAAAUAUAACAAGUAGAACUAAUUUGGUUUCCAACAGCGUUUUCUAAUGAAAAGCACAGUUUAAUAGAAAGCCAACUGUUUCAUUGCCUUUGACAUUCAUAAAUCAGCAAAAUGCUAUUUGGAUGCAUUACAAUGAAAUGAAAAUAAGAUCCACAAUUUGAGUUAUAUGUAAUCCUACUUCUCAGUAUGGAUGUUUAUCUGAGGCACUAUUUCCAAAGUUACUGAUAGCUGAAGCACACGUUUUGCUGAAUUAAAAUUGGAGGCACACGUCACCCAUACACCCCCAAAAGUUUACCUUUUAGAGUAAGAAUGACUCCUCUUCUGGGGAGCCCACCCCCUGCACUUUUCUGUGAAUAACAGGUCUAGAAUGGCCUGCUGAUUGGCUUUCAGAGAAAUUGCUCACACAGAGAUGCAGUGGGCAGUUGCAAUGAUCAUUCUCCUAUUUGGCCCAGUUGAGAGACUGAAUGUUUAAAUCGUGCCAAUGCAGGGAUAAGACAAGAUUAUUCAACCCUAGUGGAGGCCAAUUGGGAAGGGGCGAGGCUAGAGCAGGGAAUCAUGGAGACAUGGCAAGCAGCCUCCUUGUGGGUGGGUACUUUGGGCUCUAGGAGUCUUUAAUAAUUUUAUGUAUUUAUUUCCCCCAGCACAGGAGUGUGCCCCAGUGCACAGUUGGGAAAUUACUGAUACAAGGUGUAAACUCCCCCAUUGAAGGAAAUGAGAUAUCAAAGCGCUUAACUUUGAUUAGAUAGUAUCCCUCAUCUUUAAGGUGCGAAGCAAGGGGGGGGGAGGGAGAGAAAAAUGACACAGUACCAACAAUUCGAAGGCAAAGCAUUGGAGGGGAGACUCCCAGGGUGGUGAUAGGCUUGCUCAAUGUGUUUUUGUUAUUGCUCAAUGUGUUUUAUAAAAUCAUUCACAAUGUUGAAUAAUGAAACAAUUGUGAAUCAUUGUAUCUACCCAAGAAUUGCCUCUGAAGAAGAGCACUGACUCGAAACACGCAAGGCAACACUCAGGGCUGUCCCUAGUGGGAUGUGGGGCUGGGGGCGAAUCAGCAUGUGUGGAGCCUUCUUCACAUUUCAUAUCAUUACAGAAUCAUACGGAUUGAUGACAUACAGUGUAAAUAGUGUGAGUGAGGUUUAUGGACAUGUCCAACCAGCUUGGACAUAUAAUGCAUUUCUAAAGAAAUAAAAACAAAAAGCACAACACAUGCUUCACAGUUCUAAGACCUUCUGGGUUGCAAAUCAACUUGAGCAUAGUGCAUUAAUUAAUAAACAAACAAACAAAUAAAUAUUAUAUAUUGUUUGUUCCAGAAGUUUUUGUAAUUUUCUGCCACGAAGCAAGCCACUUAUAGGACUUUUUGGGAGGGGUUUUUAAAAUUAAAGGAAAAAAAAUAAAAAUCCAACGAUUUGUCCAAUCCACUUCAAUUCAAAUAUACAUAUUCCUCCCACCCUACCCUACAUCUCUGCUCAAUACCAAAGCCCUAUGGCAAGCCAGUCCUUAAAUAUUCAAAGGAGGGGAGGGAAUAAUCACAAAAAGGAAAUCACAUCAUACCUCCAUUGCUGGGCUGGGCAGGGCAGAGGGUCUGCAGAGAGCUCUGGUGCAGGACAAUCUCUGCCUGCCUGCCCCCCUGCUUCUUUCCCAAGCUUCAGGGAGGCCUGCAUGGAGGCCUCUCUGGAAGCCCCGCCCACCUGCCGAACAGCCGAGAGACGGAGCUCUAGCAGUUUGCCUGAGAGCCUUUCAAGUUGCACACAGACACAAAAUAUUACCUCCGGCUGGGCUGUGGGGAAAGAUAAGUGGCUGGGACUGGGGGAGAGAGGAGGGCAGGCUGCACUGCAGUGUGCCCAGAGCGGGGCCCGUGCCAGCGCGGGGCUCAGAGCAGUUGCCCAAAGGACGGUUCUGGCAACACUGAACCAAUUUUAUAAAAGUGUACUAAUAAAAACCCACUGAGCAAACCAAUCAGCACCUUGGGGAUUUGUCCCCCCAUACCCUUUUUGCCAUCUUUAAGGUGCCCCAGAACAUUUACUAAAAUUAUCUUCAAACAGGAAUUGCUACUUGAAAUUUUCAAACAGGAGCUGCCCACUUGAAAUCAAAUGCAGCCCAUAUUGUAUCCCGCCCCCUCAAAGUUAUUUUGACAUAGACCACCACCACUUGCACUGCCUCCUGCAACGGCUAGGUUACUGGCUGUGCUGAGCUGUGGUUUGCUUAUACCUCGUGAAAAACAACUGGAAAUAGAUAGGAGGAUAUAAUCUGUAAAGCAUUUUGCAUGUUGCAAAGCUUUAUAGAAACUAUUCAUGAUGAAGCAGCCAUAGUCAGGCAGUUUUAUUUAUUUAGGUUUAUUUAUUUGCUUGCUUGUUUAUUUGAUUAAUAUUUGUAAAGAUUAAAUGCUUAUUGAGGGGAAACCAGUAAAAGAUAAUGCAACAAAUUAUAAACCAAUCAGAUAUUAAAAAACAAUAACAAAGCCCCAAUUUAUUAUAAUUAAAAUAUGAAAAGUAUGUUUAACCUUACCCUGCUUAGAAUUUUUUCAUUGAUUUUGGAGGACAAAUGAAAUUAAAGACUAUACGACAUAGAGAUGAAAAUAUGAGAAGUAGGGCUGGAACUCAACCUAGAACCUGUGAAUUUAGUUCUGAAAGGGCACUAUGGAGCAAACACUAUUGUGUAGUGGCAGAGAGACUGGGAUGAGCAUUCCCUGGUUCAAAUUUCACCUCUGCUAUGAAUUCAGGACCAAACUACAUGUGUACUGCAAUGGUGUGUGAUGUUAAUGUGUGUGUGUCCGCAUGCGUGCUUUGUAGCAGAAAUAAGGUGAAGGGAAACGUUUCUUUACCUCUUCUUUAACAUUUUGCCCUGCUGCUUUUACUUGCAGAUAUUGGUUUGGAAUUCCACAAGGGGUGAAACAGCUGGCAGGGAAAGAGUUAAGCCCUCAGUGACAUGUUUCUACUGUGACAGAAGGCUUUGUGGGUACAGGAGAGCAUUUUGGGAGAAGGGCCCACUUACGUUGUUGUGCGAAAAUAUGUGCAUAAGUGAACAAAUAUUGCUGAGGGUGGCGGACCUUUGGCCUGCCCGAAGCUGCUGUUUAUGUGCACACUUCAUUAGUCAAGAUGUUACCCACUGCCUUGUGAGGGAGCGGAGAACAGGUGUCUGAAUCUCUGUUUAUUGUGUAACUUAUUUUGAAGUGUUUGAGAAUCACUAGCAAUGUUCUGCAUUUCUACAUACAAUAAAUGGAUGUGAGGGCGAUCUGGCUGCGACAUUUUGAUUGAUCAUACAAUAAAUAUGUGAGAUUUUCAUAUUUUCAAGUAAAAACCCACUUAAAAUGGGGAGAACUGAUGAAGGGGUUCUGAGUCCUGAUUCUACCUCUUGAUAGAUGGAUCCUUGGUGCAACUCCACUGCAACAAAAUAAUAAUAAUAAAAUAAUAAUAAUAAUAAUAAUAAUAAUAAUUAUUAUUAUUAUUAUUAUUAUUAUUAUUAUUAUUAUUAUUAUUAUUUGAUUUGACCAGGCUUGUGUGUUGUGGGGCUGUUCCUUCCAUAAUUUAUUCUUAUUGUGAAGAAGCUAUUCCAAAUACACAAAACAAAUGAAGAUGUAUUAAUUCCUUGAGUAGAACACUGUUCUGAUGCAAAGGGAAAAGGCAGAUAUUUAAUAUCAGGGUGGUAAAAAAUGUUCUUCAUGUUGUCUGAAUUGUCCUGCCUAAUUUUAUAGUAAAGAUUUGGUUCUGUUUUUUUAAAAUAUAAUAUGUGUUGAUGUACAACUUGCAUUUUUAACUAGAUUUAUCUACCAAAGAUUUAUUUUGUCAGCACUUUUUAUGUUUUGUGAUUCCCCUCUGUAUAGCUAUGAACAAAUAUGGUGUUCAUUCAAUAUACCUUAUCCUGUAUAGUAUGUUAUUUAAUGGCUAAUAUAUUAAGAAAUAAAUUAUUUACAAAAGCAGACACUUCUUUUAUUUGAUUAAAAAUGAAAAUUCAA